AUGAACAAAAUCGCAUUAAUUCUUAUUUCUACAAUCGUAUUCAUCAAUAGCGUUAUUACUAUCACUGUAGCUUUAAACUACAGUAGAAAUAAUAACAUUCAAUUUGAACCUAUUGAUAAUUCAAUGUCUUUGGCAAAGAGACAAUCUUGCAACGUUACUUGCGCUACUGCACAAACAUGCUGUGGAAGCCGUUGUUGUGGAAUCACGCAAACAUGCUGCCCCGGAAGCCGUUGUUGUGGAACCGCCGAAACAUGUUGCGGAAAUCUUUGUUGUGGAGCUGCGGAAAAAUGUUGCGGAAAUAGUACGUGUUGUGGUUCAACACAAACAUGUUGCAUUAAUACGAAUACAUGUUGUAAUUUGGGUCAAUCUUGUGGCAGUACUGGUUGUACCGGUUAA